AGGGGGAAAAUUGCUCAAAAUGCAAUAACACCAUUAAAAGAUAACAAAACUUUUAUUAUAUCCCCAUACUUUGAUGACAGAGAAAGCAAAGUCACUCGUGUGAUUGGGAUUGUUCACCACGAAGAUGUGAAACAACUAUACUGCUGGUUCUGCUGUCAGCCCAAUGGAAAGAUCUAUGUAUCAAAUGCAAAAAUCGAUGUUCACUCAGAUAGAUUUGGAUUCCCUUAUGGUGCAGCAGAUAUAGUUUGUUUGGAACCUGAAAACUGUGAUCCAACGCAUGUAUCAAUUCAUCCCUUUGCACAUGGAAAUAUUGACCAGCUGCCAAGGUUUGAAAUUAAAAACCGCAAGCCUGAGCCCUUUUCUGUUGACUUCACUGUGUGCAUCUCUGCCAUGUUUGGAAACUACAACAAUGUCUUGCAGUUCAUACAGAGUCUGGAAAUGUACAAGAUUCUUGGAGCACAGAAAGUGGUGAUCUAUAAGAACAACUGCAGCCAUCUGAUGGAGAAAGUCUUGAAGUUUUAUAUAGAAGAAGGAACUGUAGAGAUAAUUCCCUGGCCGAUAAACUCACACCUCAAGGUUUCCUCUAAAUGGCACUUUUCUAUGGAUGCAAAAGACAUUGGCUAUUACGGACAAAUCACAGCUCUAAAUGACUGUAUAUACCGUAACAUGCAAAGGAGCAGGUUUGUGGUUCUUAAUGAUGCUGAUGAAAUAAUUCUUCCUCUUAAGCAUCCAAACUGGAAAACAAUGAUGAGCAGCCUUCAGGAACAAAAUCCAGGGACUGGCAUUUUCCUCUUUGAGAACCAUAUCUUCCCAGAAACCAUCUCUACUCACAUGUUCAACAUCUCGUCCUGGAAUACUGUGCCAGGUGUUAACAUAUUACAGCAUGUUCACAGAGAGCCUGACAGGAAAGAUGUUUUCAAUCCCAGGAAGAUGAUAGUUGAUCCACAAAAGGUGAUUCAGACUUCUGUCCACUCUGUCCUACAUGCCUAUGGGGACAGUGUGAAUGUUCCCAUGGAUGUUGCCCUCAUUUAUCACUGUCGGAAGCCCCUUCAAAGAGACCUCCCCAGAGAAUCCCUUGUCAGGGAUACAGCCCUGUGGAGAUACAACUCAUCGUUAAUCAUGAAUGUUAACAAGGUGCUAUCUGAAACCAUACUGAAAUUGGUGUGACGUAGCUCUUAUCAAGGAUACAUCCCCUUGGAGAGACACUUCUUUGGCUUUGAAAGUGAACUAUGUUGGCUAUGCUACAAUUUGAAUUGUAAUAAUGAAAUGUAAAGGUGUUGCCAUAUGCAUUUAAUGCUACCUUCUCCCCAGCAAUAAAUGCAUUGUAUGUUUAAAUUCUCUAAUUCUCACAGGGAAAAAAAAGGUCUGUAACUUAUUGCCUUUGACACUGGAAAAAAGUAUCCCACCAUGGAACUCGUUCAAAUGCCAACAUUGUAUUUUGUUGUAGGAACGAUUCAGCUAUCAGGUCUGUCUCCAAAAGUAGACAGGACUCCUGUAACUACUGGAUUUUAUCGUUGUGUAAUUAUCAAAUUUCCCAGUACUGUUUUAAAGAUUGAUUCGGAUUUCGAAAAUAUAA